UAAGGGAAACGAACAAUGAGCAAAGUACAACAUAAUUAGAAGUUAAAUUAAUAUUUAUUUUACAUUCCAUUCUUAAGGGUUUUUGAGGUUUGAUCAAAUGCUUUCAACAGCAAUUCUUUUCGAGAGACCGUGAGUUGGUCGACAGACUUACUCAUACUGAUACUCUUUUAUCCUAUAACGACAAAAAACUCAACCGAUUAACGAAGGUUCUCAAUAAUCAUGUUGGAGCUAGGUUCCUAAAUGAUUUGUUCUCCCCAUUAACUAUAGUGGUCCUCAGGAGUAAAGCCGAUCAAUUUACUUUUUCCUUUUGUAACAUCGCAUUUAUUCUAUAGCUGUUUCUCAAAUACCCGAUGGCCUGCUUGUAUGUUUGACAAAGUGUUGUUUAUAUAAUAUAGGUGUAUGCAAAAUUGCUAUCGAGAGCCUUUUUCUAAAAGUGAAAUAGGUAUCGAAUUCUCCAACGUAUUGAAGGAUUGCGAAGAUAAAAUACUACAAGAAGAGCUCUGGUCUCAGUUCUGAAUGACUUUGAAAUAUCCGGCAAAGUCGUAAUUAUUGCCAGAGUACUGUGAUGAAUUAUAGAACAAGGUACUUGAAGUUUUUGGAAUGAUUCUAUAAUACUGAAGAAGGAGUUACAUUCAAAGAAAGAUCUUGGUGAUGAGGAAAAGAAAAUCUGCAUGACUUGUCUUCAAUGGUUAGUCGGCACACAAAAAGCUUCAUGUUCUAAUUGUGGUAAAGUUUCUACCUAUGUCCCCUUUAUGGGAUCUUCCCAUUUCUAGGAUCCUCUGUAAGUAAUUGAUCAUCCUUCAAAAUACUCGUUUCGUGGUGAAUGGGUAUACGACCAAAUACUUGUUAGAAAGUAGAGUUUAAAAAAAAUUCUGUUUCUGUUUCCUAUGAACUACUCUAUCACUUCCCUUAUACCUUUAUAUCUGCGACCAAAAGUUCUAUUUGCACGGUGAACAAAAACAUUUAUUCAGAAAUGGGGUUUCCAAAUGGAGAUAUGAUUUAUCUUUUUAUUACUCUUCCACAGGUCUCUAACUUUUCUGGUAAACAGUUUAAUUACCAUACCCUUAAAACAGAUUUUGCAUUUGUUUACAAUAUAGUGAUUUCGUGCAAAGCUCACUAUUUGUUGGAGAGUAAGUGCUAAAUGUGAACUCACCGAACAAAACCAAAGAAGGGAGUAAACAAAAUAGGCAUGGAAGAAUAUAUUCCAUUUGACGAGAUCGUGCUACAGUAUGAUCCAAAUAAUGCAGGAAAAGUUUCAAUUCGCAGUUUUUUAGAAAUUGUUGAUGAUAUCGAGGCUUUACGCCAACCAUCAUCGUAUCCUUUAUUAGAUUCUGAGCAAAGACAAUCUGCAGAGGACUUUAUUAAAGACAAUGAAGGAAUUGUGGUAUCGACGAUUGAAAUAAAGAACUUGUUCUAUGAAUUAACAAGCCAAGACCCAGAUCGGAUACCUAUUAGUAAGACCAUUCUAAGAAAUAGAGCAAGGAGUCGAUCCCAUAGUGGCCCGAAUCCAUAUUCGAAACUUUCAGAGAGGAGACGGCUCAAGGAUAAUGACUUGAGCUUUCAGACACCACAAAAGCCAGCUCCAAUGAGCCAAUCAACCCCUUUUACAGAAAUAACAAAUGCAAAAGAUAUAAAAAAUAACAUAUACGGGACGAGGCGACGAAAUGGGAAUCACGACGAGACCCUUGCUCAACUAUACGAACGUGUUCAAUCCCAAUCUGAUCAGUUACGGGCUAAGGAGAUUGAGAAGCAAGAUUUAAAAGAACAAAAUCAGAAAUUGUCUGAAGAAUUGGCAGAGUCGGAGGAAGCAUGUAAAUCAUGCUACACACAAGCUAAAACCUGGGAAAAAAAGUUUCGUGAAACCCUCAAAGAAUCUAAAGAAUUUUCACAACAAUUGGAAAGCAUACAUCAGGAAUAUGAAAUACAAACGGCCCACAUUACUAGACUUGAACAAAUUAUUGAGGCUGUUGAGAAUGAGCGAAUGACGGAAUCCGACCAUUUGCAGAAGACUUUGGACUCCAAAGCGAAUCUUGCUUUAUUAGAAAGGAACCAACAGCUUGAAUAUCAAUUGAAGAUAUUAAGGGAAGAAUAUAGUCAAUUAAAGACUCGAAACCCCUCUUCUAAUAUUUCCAUACCUCCUCCUCUUACGGUGAGCCCUAUUUGUUAUCCAUUUCGUAUACCCUCUUUACCUGUUUCUAAAAAAAUGCAGGCCGAUCCUCAACUCACAGCUAGUCUUUCUCUCUUGGCUUCUGAGUUGGAUAGCCAAAAGCAGUUGUUGCAAAAGUUUAAUAGAAUUAAAGAGAAUCCUUCUGGGGUUUCUGAAGCAUGGAGUAAUAUGCGGCGACGUGUAACAAAGAACGUUACUGAUCAUCGGUUUUUACAGUUUGCACUUGGGUCUCUGCUUAUCUUUUUCUUUUUUCAUCUUGUAUAUUUUUUCUUCUUCCGAGUCGGUACCAUUUUACAAUGGCCUUUUGUGUAUUGGCUUCCUUCGUUAGCUCCUGACACUCAGUGGUCUCCCACAUAAGUCGCUCUUUUUUUGUAUAUUUAUAAUUUCGUCUUUUCCUCGUUUACUUAAUUCCUACUAACCUAGUUUGUUAAGCUCUGCGAAGUCUCUAUUUAUAAAGGUCACGUUCAAUCGUGGCUUUUGGUUACUGUGUAUAUAGGGCUACUUCUACUUUAUUUUUCAUACGUUAUAUUAAAAGUUUUGGUACAUAUUUUAUUUCCAUAGUUUGCAAAGUGUUUACUUGGGUGAUAGAGGCAACAAAAUAUUCAGAACCCAUUCUAAUAACGAUCGUUCUUACUUAACCUUUGAAAG